UUCAAACUACCAGGAGCUUGAUGGGAAUGUCUGAUGGGUGUUCCCCCCCCCCUGUUUUUUAUGCUUGUUUCUAAUUCUUUAGAUUAAUGUUGUCAGAGAUUUGUGGUGCAGAAAAUCUUCAAAAAAAAAAAGUAAUCCAGACGUUCUGGUUGGAGAAAAGGGAUUUAAGCCAUCACACACUUCAGCAAGUCAAGCCUAUUAAAAUUCCAGGGCUUCAUUUCUCUCAUCAUGAAGGCAGCAACAGCCAUUGCAAUAGUCUCUGCUUUUUUGCUGACAUGUAUCAGUGCAACUAAAGAAACCACAAAGAAGAACAAAAAGUCUAAACUAUAUGUUCCUCAGCUUGAUUGUGAUAUAAAAGCUGCAAAGAUUAUCAAUCCAGAAUUUAUCGCAAAGUGUCCCGCAGGAUGUCAAGAUGUGAAAUAUCGAGUCUAUGGCACUGAUAUCUAUGCUUCUUUUUCCAGUAUCUGUGGUGCUGCUAUUCACAGUGGUACGAUUGACAAAUCUGGAGGGAAAAUCCUUGUUCAAAAAGUCGCUGGCCAGUCUGGUUACAGGGGUAGUUUUUCCAAUGGAAUCCGAUCACUGUCUUUGCCACGAUGGAGGGAGUCCUUCAUUGUUUCAGAAGGUAAACCCAAGAAAGGUGUGCAGUAUCCAUCAACACUUGAAUAUUCGUCUUCCAAAAGCACACCUGUUAAAGGAGGUUCACUACGCAAGGAAUAUCAAACCACUGUUGCAGCACCAUUACUGGUCACACAAGUUGCUGUGACAACACCAAAGCCCCUCAUCAUGACAACAGCAUUUGUCAGUCCAACUCCAAAACCAACAGCAAUCCCAGCUACCAUUACUACAACAAUAACCACCAAAACAACUGGAAAGCCUCAGAUUGGGGUGCACAAGGUCAGGGAUAUAGGUUCUAGCAAUGUCCAUCCAGCAUACUCAUCAGUGGCAGCUGUAGCAUCAAGGCAGGUUCAGGCUGUCCAAGGAAGAGCCCAGAAUCAAGCACUCAGAGGCACUUCCAGCUAUGCAAGUAACAGAAAUAUCCCUCGACAUAAUACAGAUCUUCAAAGGCAAGAGCCAAUUGCCACCUUCCGGAAGCCUGCCAGCAAUCCUGUGAAUUUGGCUAUGGAAACAGACUUGUGGAAGCCUGGAUCAAGCCUUUUUGACCCAGGGUACAGCUCCAAAGAAGACUUGGUCCCUAAACCUUUGGAACCAGCAUCCCAGGGAAACCCAAAUUGCAAAGUGGAUUUAUGUUUAUUGAUGGACGGGAGCUGGAGCAUUGGCAAGCGUCGUUUUCAGAUUCAAAAACAGUUCCUCAAAGAUGUAGCUCAAGCCCUGGAUGUUGGUAUAGCUGGCCCUCUCAUGGGCAUCAUUCAGUAUGGCGAUGACCCCUCUACUGAAUUUAACUUGAAGACUUAUGCAAAUUCGAAGGACCUGAAAAAUGCCAUUGAGAAAAUACUCCAGAAAGGAGGAUUAUCCAAUGUUGGGAAAGCACUGUCCUUUGUUAACAAAAACUUCUUUGAAGAUUCCAAUGGGAAUCGGGGUGGUGCACCCAACGUUGUCAUCGUGAUGGUGGAUGGAUGGCCCACUGAUAAGGUAGAAGAGGCCUCCAGGCUGGCAAGAGAAUCAGGCAUUAACAUUUUCUUUGUCACCAUUGAAGGACCAGAUGAAAAUGAAAAGCAAAAUGUGGUUGAAGCAAACUUUGUGGAUAAGGCUGUAUGCAGAACCAAUGGGUAUUAUUCUCUCAAUGUUCCCAGCUGGUUUAGCUUACACAAAGUAGUGCAGACAUUAGUGAAACGAAUUUGUGACACUGAUCGCCUAGCUUGCAGCAAGACCUGCCUAAAUUCAGCAGACAUUGGCUUUGUCAUUGAUGGAUCCAGCAGUGUUGGCACAGGCAACUUCCGCACCGUCCUCCAGUUUGUAGCCAACAUCAGCAAGGAAUUUGAGAUUUCUGACACAGAUACUCGCAUUGGAGCUGUGCAGUACACCUAUGAACAGAGGCUGGAAUUUGGCUUUGAGAAGCACAGCACAAAGCAGGAUGUCCUGAAUGCUAUCAAGAGAAUAAACUACUGGAGCGGAGGAACUAGCACUGGUGCAGCCAUCAAUUAUGCCUUUGACCAGCUAUUCAGCAAAUCCAAACCAAACAAGAGGAAGAUUAUGAUUCUGAUUACAGAUGGCAGAUCUUAUGAUGAUGUUCAAGGGCCAGCUACAGCAGCCCAUCAGAACGGAGUCAUUGCUUAUUCUGUAGGAAUUGCGUGGGCUGCCCAGGAUGAAUUGGAAGCCAUUGCAACUGACCCUGAUAAAGAGCACUCAUUCUUUGUGGAUGAAUUUGACAGCCUGUACAGAUUUGUUCCUAGAAUCAUCCAGAAUAUCUGCACAGAGUUUAAUUCGCAGCCACGAAACUGAUCAGCCCAGCAUUUUCCACUAAAUGCUCCAUCAACUGAAGAAUAUUCUAUGAGAGACAUCAGACAUAAUGUUAGGCAAGCAACGCCAGACCUCCUGGUUGAAAGACAUUUCCAGCCAAGAGACCAUUUCAGCUUUGUUCUCCAUGCAUGUCAUGUUUGUAGAGCAAUGAAUAUUUUAUUCUCUCUGCUACUUUCAAAACUGAUUUGAUAGCAAGUCAACUACAAUCCUUGGUUAGAUAAAUUCAGUUGACUCAUUCCCACAGUUUGGAAUUAACAUCCACAUAGAACAGGUGAAGUAUAGCUGUAAGGCUGUAAGCAAGAUGCACUUCAACUGACAUUUGUUGGAAAAUGUUCCCUUACAGCUCCACUGUGGGAGCAAGUAGCUAGCCUACAGAUGGCUUUCCAGUACUGCAGUGGCCUUUACAGCCUAGACUUUAAUUGGAGCUGUGGGUGGACAUGUGAAGAUAGGAGGCAAAGAAUGACAGAUUACAAAACAUAAGAUCACUGAAAAAUUGAAGUUGUGUUUUGGUUAAAAAACAACAACAUUCACACCAGCAUACAUUUCCUGUUUAGGAUGCCUAGAGUACUUUAUUUUGUGUAUUCCUGCAGAGGUUAAAAUUUUUGAAGAAUAACUCUGGGUAAAUAAAUAUCUGCCAAUGAUUUAAUUAUACAUCCCAGAGGAACAGCCAAAAAUGGCUACAACAAAGGCCAGAAUCAUCUGGCACCAAAGGGUGAGGAAGUAAGGAAAUAAUAGGAUACCUACUAAUUCUGCAGUCCUACUAAACUGAUAUCACACCCACUGAAAGGUAAACAUCUUUCAUCACCUUGUCAGGGUUGUUGUUCUUAAAGCCUUAGUGAGUAUCUGCAUUUUUACUGACUUCACUGAGGUCAUUUGGAAAUCCAAGGAGCUCCAGCAGCUACUUCAUUUUAUAGCCCACGAGCUAAUAGCAUUCAAACUGAUUCUAUGAGAUGAAAUCUAUUUUGACCUUAAGCAGUAGGCCUAAAUGUGCCCCAAAAGAUUAGAAAUGGAUAUUUAUUCCUACUAGUUUUCUGCUUUUUAGCCAUUUAAUGAUAAUUUCACUGAUCAAUGUGUCAUCUCAUUCAGUGACUACUAGACUCAAGAGCCUUUGGUGAAGAGGUUUGUUUAAUAGCUUUCUGUAAGUCUAGUAUUCACUGACUGUCCAAUUACCCUUGCCAGUUUGUUGACCACAAAUGCACACCUCUAAAAAGACAGGGAGACAAGACUUACCUUCAAUGAAGCCAUGUUGAUUCUUCUUUUAGUAAAACUAGUUCUUCUGUAUGUUUGAUAUACUGAUUCUCAUCAAUUUUCUUGGAACAUGCAUUAACUGAACCAGCCUAUAAUUUCCUGCAUACCUCCCCUUCAUACAUUUUUAAAAUAUGUUGUAGCAUCGGCCACUUUCCAGUCUUUAUUUACAUGGGCUUUCUUGGGGACUAGUUACUUAUUGUUAGAUUAUGAGCAAUUUAAGAACUUUUGGUGAAUACAAUUCAGACUAAGUAAUUCUUUUUUAUUUGUCAGUCAGCCUUAGAACUGCAUUUCAGAACUAUUAUUUGCCUCAGUUCUUCAGACUCCCCUCUGGAAAACAUCAGUUCAGACUUAGAUAUCUGUUCUAAAUUGUGUACAACAAAAAGAGAUGCAAAUAAUUAUUCAGCUAAAUACUGAAACAUCUUUUCAAAAUUUCUGCACACAAAAUUUUGUAAAUCCCUAUUUUAGAUUCCCCUCCACAGACACACAUGAAAAGAAAGCUAAUUAACUUUUCUAAGCUAUUUUAAAGAACCUUUCAUAAUUCAUUGCUGUAUCUUUUGCAAUAAAAGUUACA